GAAGCCACUGGGACGGACAAGAGGCUGCGGGGAUGGGCACAAGGAGGGCUGAGGGCUCUGGGGUGAUUCCCAGGGAGGUUUUGAGGGCAUAUGCUCGGGCCCCUCUCUGUGCCCCAGGAGCAGCGGGCACGGGCAGGAAAAUCCAAGAGCGAAGCGCCCGACACCCCAGACUGUCCGAACCCUGCACCCCUGCGCUCCCCCAAACGAUUUCAGGGUUGUGCCAGAGCCAGCAGCCAGCCCUUUGUCAUCUCCGUCACCCGUGGCUGUCACCCGCUGCUGCUCCCGGCGCCUUUCCGGGUGACAAAUGGGACAAAAACUCCCAGAGAAACCCAAGCCCCCAGCAGUGCCCGGCUCUGAUGUGAGUCCAUCCCACGGGCAGCAGCCCCCUCCCCCUGCUGCAGCCCCAGGGGUCACUCUGCCACAGGGUCACUCCUGCCAGGACAGGUGGCUCCAGCGGGAGCCACUCUGGCCGCGGGGCUCCCACGGGGUCACAGCUUCCUCUCAGGCAUCCCUCUGCACCAAGGGGCUGCUCCAGGGGCUGUGGGGGGAUCUCUGCGUCCAGCACCUCCGCCUUUAGAACCACCAGGGAUUGGCUCUGCUAGACACUGAGGACGCUUCCAGCAGCUUCUCUCAGAGCCCACCCCGCUACCACAACCAGUCCACACAAACCCAGUACAUCCCCCCCUCACCUUCUGGCACAGGUGGAAGGCGACAGGAGGACAAAGCGUGGGCGCUGGGCUUGAGGGCAGCACGAGAAGGGAUGGAGGAGAAGGGCGUGGGAAGAGAAAAGAGCGGGAGAAGUGCCUGGAUUAGAGGAAGAGGAGAAGGAGGCGGGAUUAGCAAAAGGAGGACGAGCGGGAGGAGAGACGGAGGAGGAGAGUGAGGAAGAGGAGGGAGAGAGGAAAAGGAGGAGAAAGAGGAGAAAAAAGAAAGUUCGAGUUGGGCUCCCCGCUGAGUCUGCAGCCCUCCGGGCCCCGGGAGCACCACAUCUCCCUCCCCUUCUUCAUCCCGCAGGAUUUGUUAUUCCCAAGCUGGGGCCAGAUGGAGGAGGAGGAAAAGCCCCAGAGAUCCCACAUGAGGAGGGGCUGCAAACCCAGCCCAGGGAGCUGCAGGGAGCAAAGAGCCCCCCUGAGCCAGGAAGGCGGCCGGAGAUCCAGCCAGAGCUCAGAGCUGGUGGAGAAGCCUCGUGACAGGGAGAAGCCCCACAAGUGCUUGGAAUGUGGGAAGGGCUUCAGCCACAGCUCCAGCCUGAUCCGGCACCAGAGGAUCCACACUGGGGAACGGCCCUACACCUGUUUGGAAUGUGGGAAGAGCUUCAGACAGAGCUCCCACCUGACUCGGCACCAGGUGAUCCACAGUGGGGAAAAACCCUAUCAAUGCAUGGAAUGUGGGAAAAGCUUCAGGUGGAACUCUGACCUCAACAAGCACCUAACAAUCCACACUGGGCAAUGGCCCUAUGAGUGUGGGGAAUGUGGGAAAAGCUUCAGACAGAGCUCCAGACUCAUCCGGCACCAGACAAUCCACACUUGGGAACGGCCCUACGAGUGCAUGGAAUGUGGGAAGUGUUUUAAUUGCAACUCCCACCUCAUCAGGCUCCUGCGCUGCCACACUGGGGAGCGGCCCUACAAGUGCUUGGAGUGUGGGAAGAGCUUCAGCACAAGCUCUGACCUGAUCCAGCACCAGAACAUCCACACUGGGGAACGGCCCUGUAAGUGUGAGGAAUGUGGAAAGAGCUUCAACCGGAACUCCAACCUCAACAAACACCUCAAGAUCCACACUGGGGAAUGGCCCUACAAAUGUGGCGAAUGUGGGAAGAGCUUCAGGCGGAGCUCCCACCUCAUCAGCCACCAGAAGAUCCACACCAGCAAACGUGAAUGGCCAUAUGAGUGCUUGGAAUGUGGGAAGAGCUUCAGCAAUAGCUCUGAUCUCAUUAAGCACCGGAGGACCAACACUGGGGAGCAACCCUAUGAAUGUGGGGAGUGUGGGAAGAGCUUCAGCCAGAGCUCCAACCCCAUUUGCCACCAAACAACCCACACCAGGGAACGGCCCUACAGGUGCUUGGAAUGUGGGAAGGGCUUUAACCGCAACUUCCACCUCAUCAGGCACCAUCACAUCCACACCAGGGAGAGGCCCUGGGUGUGGGAAAAGCUUCUCACAGAGCUCUCACUUGACCCAACACCAACAGAGGCGCCACUAAGGGAAGCCCAGUGA